UGUGCUUACCAGCAGUAUUGGUUCAGGGUUAACUCUGUCAACUCCAAUUCAAAUUGAAAAGACUUGAAUCAAGUCCCUGCUGGUGCAGACCAAGUGGACCCCAGGUAUAACUCAUGAAAUAGCUCUGGGUUCUUAUGCCGAGGGAAAGGUUUAUGAAAACACCACACAGAGGAAUCAGUUCACUUGCCUGCAGCGCUGAAGGGGUUAAGCAAAGCAGCUUCCGUUCACUGAAGCUCUAGAGGUGUAGCCGGGAGUCACAGCGCACUGAAACCAGCAGCAGGGUCAGAGCUGUUAGGAAGGGAGGAAGCGCUUCACGUCUCACGCAUCACAGGGUUUGCAGACAGGGCUGCUGUAGGUUUUUCUUCUCCUUUUCAACUUUUACAAACCGUUUGCCUGCAUUGUGAACCAAGACUCGUCAAGCUCAAGAUUAACCAUGGCAGAAUACGGUUUCGAGGAGUUUGGUGAGGAUGAAGUGAAUGACAUACGGGAAGCGAUGGAAGCUGGGGGUUUAGCAGGGGCUGCAGAACGCAUCCAGGUUUACCUGGAGUCGCUAGACAGCGUGGAGCUCAACAUCGCCAUCACCGGGGAGUCAGGAGCGGGCAAGUCCACCUUCGUCAACGCCUUCAGAGGACUGAAGGAUGAGGACGAGGGGGCAGCCCCGACGGGGGUGGUGGAGACCACCGCGAAGCCCACUGAGUACCCGCACCCCAAGUUUCCCAACGUCACGAUCUGGGAUCUUCCAGGGAUCGGAACUCCGAACUUCAAAGCAGAUGAAUACCUGGAGCAGGUGAACUUCAAGCGCUACGAUUUCUUCAUCAUCAUCGCGUCCGAGCGCUUCCGAUCCAACAACGUGACGCUCGCCAUGCAGAUCCAGGAGAUGAAGAAGAAGUUCUACUUCGUCCGCUCCAAGAUCGAUGAAAACCUCAGGGCGGAGAGCAGAAAGAGAGGCUACAGCGAGGAGAAGACUCUGGACCAGAUCAGACAAAACUGCGUCCAGGGCCUGCAGGACCACGGGGUGAAGGACCCGCGGGUCUUUCUGAUCUCCAGCUUCGACCUGAAACUCUACGACUUCGACAGGCUGGAGGAGACCCUGGAGAAGGAGCUACCCAAACACAAGAAGCACAUCCUGCUGCUCUCCCUGCCCAACAUCUCCCUGCAAGUUUCAAAGCGGAAGCAGGAGGAGCUGCGAGCCAGGAUCUGGAAACUAGCUGCCCUUUCAUGCGGGGUCGCCGCCGUGCCCAUCCCCGGUCUCUCGGUAGUUUGUGACGUCGCUAUCUUGGUUAGAGAGCUGACGCUUUACUACAACACUUUCAGCCUGGAUGAUGAAUCCCUUCAGAGCCUGGCCCAGAGGGUGGAUAAACCAGUGGAAGACCUAAAGUCGGUGAUCAAAUCCCCGCUGGCGAAGGAGAUAUCGAGCGACGUGGUCCUCAAGCUGCUGAUGAAGGCAGCAGGAGGAGGGCUGAUGCUGGUGGAGUACUGGGCCAGCACCAUCCCCAUCAUCGGAUCUAUAGCAGCGGGAGGGAUCUCGUUCGGAACCACCUAUUACAUGCUGAAGAGCUGCUUGGAGGAGCUAGCGGAGGAUUCCUGCAACGUGCUGAAAAAGGCGUUUGAAACGGAGGUCUGAUGAAGGGAAUCCGGUAACUGCACAUUGUUAAACAAAUCCAGUCAAAAUGUUGCAUCUAUUUUUUAACCUAAUGUAAAUGUGUCAGUUUGAAUAUAUAUUUUUUCCCCCUCAGUAAAUCUAGUCUUUUAAUGUUUUGUUGACACUGUUGCAUUUUCUGUAAUUUUCCAUACACUGUGUAUCUAUUACACACACACACACACACAGACACACACACACAGAGCAGUGUGCAUUUACUAGAACACCAAGAUGAGUCAUUAGCAGCCUUCAUCCAUCCGCAUGCAAUUCUCACACCUCAGGCCCUCGUGCGUGUGAAGAGGUCAGAGACUCUCUGUUCUUUAAUCAGGCGUCUUCUAAAAAAGCCUCCUGCGUUUCACCACGUGCGGCUACGUGUUCCCUUUUCUCUUCCCAUUUUAAAUUGAACGCAUGUGUGGCCUAUUAAAAAAGACAGCAAUUGAAAAUCAGACAAUCGCUAACUUGUCAAUUUUCAGUUACAGUGGCUUGAUUUCACAUGCAAAACAAACCAAGACUACUUUAUAUAGAUAUACACACACACACACACACACACACACACACACAAAUAGGGUUAAGGUUAUAUAUUCUGCAGUACUGUUCAUUGUGUUCUGCAGGAUACGAUUCAGGGAUAUUUCUUUGGUAUUUGUUGAAGAUAGGACUGUGGCUUGGGAUCCCUGGUUUUCUUUCGAGCUGCACUGGAAGAGACUGGAGAAGGAGCUCCUCCUCCAUCACAAGGGACGCGCCUGACUGCUGUUGUGUAGCUAUUUCAAAUGAAGGUGGUGGUGGUGGUGCUUCUUAAAACAACGAGCUGAACUGUUCUGUAAUGAAUGUGUUUCGAGAUCUCGACACACCUGCCUGUUGUGUGCUGGGGGUGAAAUGCUUCGGCUGUUCUGGUCCUCAGCGUUUCCAGGAAAGCUGUUUCUUUCACUUUACUGUAAAAUCGGUUGUUUUUCAUCCCUGUCAUUAAAAGACUUGUUGUCGUAACAA